GUUUUUGUUUUUGUAUUAUUUUAGUUUUGUUUUAAAGCUGAUACUUUGCGAUUGGGUUUUGAAUUUGAUUGAUUUAUAUGAGUUUCAAUUUGGAGUUUUUAUUUGAAUUAGUGUGCAAUUCCGAGCUUUGAUAGUUUAGAACUUGCUCUUGUGAGAUAAUGACAAUUACAAUUUCAGAUUUUGUAAUCAUACCUAAGGGUAUUAGCUGAAAUUGGAUUAAAAAGAUGCCUAGAGAUGUAACCGUCUACGACUGAGCCUUUAUGAAUAUUUGGUUGGCAAUUUAUAGUUUUGCUUCAAUUUGCUUUGAUGGAAGGUAAUUUAUACAGAGGAUUGAUGAAGAUUCUAGCAGAUACCUAUUCUCUUUUAGGGAAUGGAAUAAUUUUCUGAUAAAAAAAAUAAAACAGGAGAUUUUGGUGGGUAACAUAAAUAUAAGGCAGCAGAGUAAUGAAGAAAAUAAUAGAUAAUAACAGAUAACACGUUGUAGAAAUGGGAUCUUAGGAGACAAGAAAAAUUAGCAUGGAGAUAUAACUUGAGAUUUCAUUAAUAUAAAAAAAGACUUAAAUCAUUUCUAGAAAGUGCCAACACACCGAUUGUGUAGUAUUAGUUAGUAAGCAAGCAACGUUUGUGUUCUGUUUCGAACCCUCAACAGCUUAUGCUUUUUUUCUAUCAAUGAUAGAAGCUUAAGGAGAAUGCAACUUAUUUUGGAAGAGGACAAAAUGUAUAAGGUAGUUAUGUCAUGAAAAUGAAUGGUAGCCAUUUUGCAGUGUUGUUAUUCGCUUACUUACCUGUAAAGAUUCCAUAUGGGUAAAACAUAGUUACUAAACACUGAAAGAUGUAGAAAGCGGACCUAAUUUGAAAAUAAAUGGUUGAAUCCUAGUUUCAUCUAGUCCUAAGUUUGGAACUUUGCGAUUGGAUUUUGAGAAGUUGAUUAUUAUGAUCUCCAACUUGAAAAUCUUAUUUAUAUUUGUAUUGAAGUGAAAAGAAAAGAAAAUCUGUGCUUGGGAUAAUUUUGAAGCUGUCAUGAGAUUAUAGCAACCAUCAUAUUAGAUUUUUGGCCUACUUUUUAAUAAACCAUUGAAGGUUUAUCGGUUGAAAUUGGAAGACGAGGACUCCUAGAGAUGUAAUCUAUAAGGCUGAGCCUUUAUGAUAUUUGGUUGGCAACUUAAAGUUUUGCUUCUAGUUGAUUGUUAUAAGGGAGAGUUAUACAUUGGAUUCAUGAAGACACUAGUAGGUACCAAGUUUUUGUUAAAAUGAAUAGCAUAGUAGAUUUGAUAAAAAAAAAGAGAUUUUGGUUGUUAACUUAAAAAAGAAACUAGCAAAAUUAAUGGGGACAAUAGUAGAUGAUGUACUGCAGAAGACACUAGUAGGUACCAAGUUUUUGUUAAAAUGAAAACCAUACUCUCUUGCUUGUAGCCUUAUCUUAACUAUCAAAUUACCAACCCUUAUUAUGUAGGAUAAUUAGUGAACAUGCGAAGAUUGUACGUAGAUUCAAAGUCCCAAUAAUUUAUCUCUCAGGCACAUUGAAGAAGUUAUCUUCCAAAGUAAAAUAAGAUAAGAAGGUACUUUCUAUGGCAUGAAGAUAAAUAGUAAACCAAGUUGCAGCACCAUUGGUAUUGGCUUAAAAUACUAAUAAAAUUCCAUUACCUAAAGGUUUUUAUUUAACCCUUUAGACGCUUGAAAAGGAGGAUUUAAUCUGAACUCAAUGGUAUAAUUCAUCGUUGCGUGAUUCCCCGAACCUCCCUCGAAUCAUCGUGCAGUCCUUGUGAACUAAUUCCCGGUACGUUUGCGAACCGAUUCCCUUUGAUACACGAGCCGGUCCUCCAAAAUUAACGUACCACUUACAAGUAUGCUAGAUGCAAAGUCUUUUUAAGUGCAUGUGUGCAAGACGCAAUACGAUGUGUGCAAUUAAGUGAAGAGAGACAUGCAAUAGAGUAUACGAGUCGAUGAUUUUACUGUAACUAAACACAUGUUAAGAAAAUGUAAAACGAAGCCAUGAUCCUAAAACGCGCUCGGUGAAAAAAAAAAAAACAGAACGAAGAAACGAACUCCAUCAAAAGAAGUAUUUAAGUAUUUUUUAUGAAAAAUAUUAAAAUUCAUAAUUAGCUUUCUAGUUUUCUACUAUAUACUUUAAAGACCUUUAAGCGCACCCGAAAAAUUUUUACAACGUACUACUAAUUGAACUUGCGUACCGAAGCAAGCUACCCCUAACGAAUCCAAAUUUUGUUAGUGGCAAAUUGCAUACCUGAAUUCAAAUGGUGACCCGCUACGUACCGCGUACUGUGUAACUAUGGUAUAAUUGUAGUUGGUCUCUUUAAGUGCAUGAGCGCAAGGCGCAAUGCAAUGUGUGCAAUUAAGUGAAUGGAGACGUACCAUAGAGUAUGCGAGUCAAUGAUUUUACUGUAACUAAACACGUAUGUUAAUGAAAUGUAAAACAAAACCAUGAUCCUAAAACGAGCUCUGUGGAACAAAAUAGAGUGAAGAAACAAACUCCAUCAAAAAGAAGUAUUUAAGUAUUUUGUAUGAAAAAAAUAUUAAAAUUCAUAAUUAGUUUUCUAGUUUUCUACUAUAUACUUUGGUGAAUUGCAUACCCAAAUUCAUACGGUGACCCGCUACGUAUCGCGUAAUGUGUAACUAUGGUAUAAUUGUAGUUUUGGUCAGCCUAAGUUAAUUUCAGUUACAUACAAGCAAGUUUUGUGCUGUUACGACCCCUUUUAUUUCCAUUUGCUACAUGCCUAAUCAGCAUUGUUGAUUACAAUUAUUAUCUGCAGUUCUUUCCUCUUUUUUGUAGUUUUUAAUAUUUUUUUAAUGAAAUGGAAUAGCCUAUUUUUCUUAUUUUGGAUAUGGAACACAAAUGUAUCAUAUCUAGUUAUCUACAUGCAUGUAUUAUACUAAAUAAGUUGGUUGUAGAAUUGUGAAAUAUGACAACUAUUUUGUGCAUUCGACUUUUCAUAUUCUCUUUUCCUAAAUAUAUUUAUUUUUCCCUUAUAAUAAAGAUUUGUAGUUUCCAAUAUUAUUAUCAUUAUAUUUUGGUAAUUAAUCUCAUUUUCAUUUAUAGCUCAUAACUAUUUAUAAAAGUUUGUGUACAAUAAUAUUUUAAUACUAAGUUCCGUGCAUCGCACUGGCGACAGCUAGUUUACCUUUAUUUUAGUUCAAAUUGCAAACCCCGAGGACCCAACCCCCAAAUCCCUAGCUACCCCCUUUCCUCAAUACCUCGCCCCCAAAUCCCUCGAAAAUCCUAGAAAACAAAGAGAACCAUUCAAAAUUGAAAAAUGAGUAGACGAGCACCGAGGAUGAGGUAUGCGAUGGUUUGCUCCUCGAACCAGAAUAGGAGCAUGGAGGCCCACUACCUCCUCCAACGCCAUGGUUUCAAUGUCUCCUCCUAUGGUACAGGGGAACAUGUUAAGCUCCCCGGCCCAUCGCGAUCUGAGCCCAACAUCUACCCAUUUGGAAUACCCUACCACAGGAUGUAUGACGACCUUAUCCGCAAAAACCCUGACCUGUAUAAGCGUAAUGGGGUAUUGUCGAUGCUCAAGAGGAAUAUGAGCGUUAAGCUUGCACCUCAGCGGUUUCAGGAUAAUGCUGCUGAUGGCCCCUUUGAUGUUGUUUUCAGUUUUGAAGAUAAAGUUUUUGAUGUGGUUGUUGAUGGUAACUAA